AUGUAUGGAGAAGCUAUUGGAAAAGGUUAUUAUUAUAAAUGGUCAUCAUUUAUAUCGACAUCAAAAGUACGUGAAGUAGCUGAAAUGUUCGGUUCGAAUGUUUUAUAUAUUAUUCAAAUACAACGAAUAUCAUCUAAUGAUCAAUAUGUUGAUCUAACAUCGAUUGCUUAUAUUGACGAUGAAGAAGAAAUUCUAUUACGAACGGGUGUUCGAUUUAAAAUUGAUAGCUGUAAUUAUGAUUUAAGAACUGAACGAUAUCUAUUUCAUAUACAAAUUGUACCAUCAUUUAUUUCAAGUAUAAUGUAA